CUUUAAUGCAUUAUCACAAACAGAAUUUGACCUCUAUGCUUGCGUUCGUCCUGACAGGAAAUGGGCUGUAUUUUGUAAUAACGUUACUAAGUUACUUCACCCGGCCUCCUCUUUGGGCAGAUUUAUCACGUUUUCCUCCCGUUUGCUGCUGUUAUGUCGAGAUUUUAUAGGAUAUUCUGAUUCAGAGGAUCUGUCUUUCUGUACAGGUUGGACGGUAAUGCUCAGCAAUGGAUGUAACAGCAAGCAGUCCUGCUAUAACCUGCACCACGACGGUGUGUUUAUCAGAGACCAGGCUCGUGUGCGUUGAAUAUCCAGGCUUCGUUAAGAAUGUGGAUAAAAUGCUGGACAGCAUUGGAGGAGAACCAGGACUGUCCAAGACAUACGCAGAUUCGUCCAAACGACUUGAGCUGCGGUACCGGCCCAAGGACCCUUACUGUCACCCUGUGUGUGGAAACCGCUACUCCUCCAACAACCUGCUGCUCAGAGUGCGUCGCAGGAGACGCAAAGGGAGCAGUGAAGAGCCUCACGUCAGCAUGGAGAUCCUGGGAGUCAUAGAGACAACAUAUAAAUUUCAAGGAAUGGCAGAUUUCCAGUAUCUUGCUACGAACAACGAAGCAGGUGGUUCCCAGGUGUCUUUGUAUGACAAAAUCAUUUUGCACAAACCUGAGAAGAAAGAAUUCUUUGACCAACCGGUCCCACUUUUCCUUCCACCACCCAUCUUCUCUCGUCUGGACAGCACUGUGGAUUACUUCUACCGGCCGGAUGUGGCACACAGGGAAGGUUCCUUGCCAUCUUUACUCUCCAACGAGAACUUGAUCGGUCCAAACCGUGCCCGGAGACCACACAAUGCCAUUUUCGUCAACUUUGAUGACAAGAGUGUGCCAACGGAGCCUCUGGAGGCGGCCAGGCUCAACUGGAAGAAGAACUCUAUCCAUCACAGUGAUAUCAAGGCAGAGGAGGAACUGACAAAGCUGUUUGAGAAACGUCCCGUAUGGUCCCGUAACGCCAUCAAAGCCAAUGUCGACAUUCAUCCGGAGAAGCUGAAGCUGCUGCUUCCCUAUCUGGCCUAUUAUAUGCUAACAGGGCCGUGGAGAAGUUUGUGGGUGAGGUUUGGAUAUGAUCCUCGGAAAUACACAGAGGCUAAAAUCUACCAGGUUCUGGACUUCAGGAUACGCUGUGGGAUGAAACACGGGUACGGAGUCAAUGAUAUGCCGGUGAAGGCUAAAAGAAGUGCGUACCACUACAGCCUUCCAACCACAGUCAACAAAGCAGUUCCUCAGCCAGCUAGCCUGAAGGAAAUCACCCAAGACGGUGCCUCGUCCUCAGGCAAACUUUCUUCAGCGAAAUACAUGCUGAAGGAUUCAGCCUAUGUAUUCCGAGAGGGAAUGUUGCCACCCUAUCGACAGAUGUUUUACCAGCUGUGUGAUCUGGAUGUUGAGAAAAUUAAGAACAUCAUCCAUAAGAACGAUGGGAAGGAGGAGGCGUGUGACGAGCGCGAUGGCUGGUGUUUGCCCCGGACUGCAGACGAGCUCAGAGAUAUCAUCUCCUCCAUGAUCGCCCAAGUCGUACGAGCCAAGAGGCCCGCUUUGUCUACACCCAAGCUGAAGCCUGUCAGGGCUGGGCGUAAAGUAGAAGAGAGUGAUGAGGAUGAAGAUGAUGAGGAUGAGGAAGACUACAAGGCCUCUGAAGGGAGUGAAAAUGAAAUGGAGACAGAAAUGCUUGAUUACAUGUAGAUCUAGACUGGAAUUUUGGAACCAGACCAUGUUGCAGAUCAUUGUGAUCAGCCCUUUAGGUCGCUUCCUUUCUGUCUGUUUAAUGUGAAAAUAUUUUAGGAAAAAAAUAAAUGCUUUUUUUUUUUUGCAAA